AUGUCGCCCAAACAGGAACCUACCUACUACCUCGUUCCCAACAUGCGUGCCCUAGACACGUCUGCCCACGAGGUCGAUCUCGACUCGUAUGCGUGGAUACAACCGAUUGUUAUUGACGACGAGGACUUGAUGUUUGGUGGGAAAUCACUGAGCGCGUGGUAUGAAGAAGACCGUCGACGACUGAGCAGUGGAAGCGACGAUGGAAGAGCCGAGCACAGCCAGGAUGAAGAGAGACGAGGCCGCGAGCGCGUAAGGAGACAUUACAAGGGAUCCAAGAACCACGGACAGUGA